GUAGAGACAGGGUCUCACUGAGUUACUUAGGGCCUCGCUGAGUUGCUGAGGCUGGCUUUGAACUAGUGAUCCUCCUGCCUCAGCCUCCCAAGCCGCUGGGAUUACAGAUUUGUGUGACUGUUCUUGCCCCGCUUUCAUAUUAAUUUUGAAACAGGGUCUCCCUAUGUGCCCAGGCUUCUCUGGAAUUUGGGCUCCUCUUGCCUCAGCCUCCCAAGUAGCUGUGAUUACAGGUGUGUGCCACAGAGCCUUGGAGCAUGCUUUCCUUUUUCAUGCCAUGUAUUGCAAAAAUUUUUGUACGUUGUUGUCUUUUACCUUCCUCUAUUUUCGUAGAUGUAAAUUGUUCCACUUAUUUUUUUAGGAAAUAUUACUUUUUAAAUUUGGAAACACUAUUUUCUAUGUUUAAAAGAUAUUUGUGGCUUCUCAAACUAUUCCAGUAUUGUUUUUCUGGUUUUACUGUGUAAUCUGUGUUUCAUCCUUGGAGUAGAGGGGAACACAUUGCCUGUCCAGAUAACUUUUUGUCCCUCUCUCAACUAGAGAGAGAAUGGGGUGUCUGCCACUGUUGUGCCACGCCUGCUGUGUCAUGAAUCAAUUCUCUGUCCACAUGUGGGAUGACUGACUGUUCUUUUCUUUUUCAAGAUCUGUUAGGCAAUCUUUCUGUUAAUAGUGUAGUCUUCCAAACUGUGUGGCUUCAAAAUGUUUUAUGUAUAUUAGCCAAAUGAUCAGUUUCUUAUUCUAAUGAGUUUAAAUGUUGUUAGACAUUAAGUACACCUAGAGGAUUUGAUAAGCUGGUUUUUUUCCUGUUUUCUUUCCACUUUUUUUUUUUUUCCUUCCGUUUGGGUAAUGAUUGCUACAGGCCCUAAAGCACUGAGCAAUAUCCUUACCCUUUGAAAAAAAAUCUAUUCAUUUCAUUUAUUUUUAAUUAUUUAAGACCGGGUCUUGGUAAGUCCAAGUUGCUGAGAUUAUAAAUGUAUGCCACUGCUGCAGGCAUGAACUGUUUUUGGUUGUCCUAGUAAAAGUCUUGUUAUUGACAUUUUGCAAUUUUAUACUUUCAUUUACCAGUUACAUCUUGGUGACAGUGAAAUCUUUCUAAGAACAUGUACACUUUUCCCCUUAUUUUAUUCUGCUCUGACAUUCUCCAACCAAACCUUUAAUGAUUACCUAUUAGUCUACUGAAUUAUAAUUCAUGAGUCUUAUUUACUAUUUAAUUCUGAUUGACAUACAGAACCUAAGGUACAGGCUUCCAGUUGUGGUCCCUUUGUACAAUCCCAAGGAUGUACUGGAUUCCCUAAAUAAUGAGUUGUAAAAAGAGGUUUCAAAUUCGAUCUGACAUACCAGUCCACUAGAGAUUCAUCAUCCAGAGUGUGUUUUGAGGACUGAUGAGAUGGACAACCUCUGUCAAGCAUACAGAAUAUUGAAAACAUGUAGAGGACCAACAGGACUUACAGGCUGCAUUUUGUUGGGACAACCUGCUUGGGAACCCCAAACCCCUCCUGCAGUUAAGCUGGUGAAGUUCAUCCCAACAGUAGUUCCCAGAGAGCAACAUAGAUCAAAGUUUGUUCCCAAGUAUUUCUAAGAAUAUGCUAUCUCAGGACAGCUACUGUUAUUAUGUGCAGUACAUGUUGGACUUUGAUGUGAGAGGUACUGGAGACCAUGGUACAAAGAGAAUUGGAGAGACCCAGCAGCACAGCCAGUGUUCCUGUUCUCCCUGUUUCUCUACCAGUAGGUGCAAUUAAGCACCAGAAUUGCUAUGUGAGCCUGGCUGGAGAGUAAGAGUGUGACACCAGGUGAUGGAGUAUUGGGAGGACAUAAUAUCAUGUGAAAUUUUCACACAGUGAGUGCAGAUCUCCAGUGCUAUGUGUCUCACCUUCCUUCUGGGAAUAUCUGGGAUGUUUUAGGAGUCAGUGACUUUUGAGGAUGUGGCUGUGAAUUUCUCCCUGGAGGAGUGGGCUCUGUUGGAUCCUUCCCAGAAGAUGCUCUUCAGAGAUGUGAUGCAGGAAACCUUCUGGAACCUGACCACUAUAGGAAAACAAUGGAAAAAUCAGGCCAACGAUGAUCACUGCAGUUCCAAGGGAAAUCUAAGAAUUCAAGUUUUAGAGAGAUUCUAUGAACAGAAAAAAGAUGGUCAAUGUGGAGAGGUCCUCAGCCACAUCAUAGAUCCUCUUGAAAACAAGAUACGUCCUUCUGGAGUAAAACCAAGUGAACAUCAUGUGUGUGGAGAAGUCACCAUUGCUGAUCCAUCCCUAGUUGUGCCCCUGACAGCUCACACUGGACACAGAGCACAUGAGUAUCAGGAACAUGGAGAGAAGCCAUAUGAAUAUAAGGAAGAUGGGAAAGCCUUGCAUGAUCCCCAGCAUUUUCAGAAGCAUGAAAGAACUCACACAGGAGAGAAACCCAAUGUGUGUAAGCACUGUGGAAAAGCCUUGCGUUGUCUCAAAUCUCUUAAAAGACAUGAAAGAAAUCACAUAAGUGAGAAACCCCAUGUGUGUAAGCACUGUGGAAAAGCCUUUCGUUCUUCCAGCUACAUUAAAAUUCAUGAACGAAUUCACAGUGGAGAGAAACCAUACAAUUGCAAACAGUGUGGAAAAGCCUAUCGUUUUUACUAUGACCUUCAAAUUCAUGAACGGAAUCACAGUGGAAAGAAACCCUAUGUGUGUAAGCAAUGCGGAAAAGGCUUUAGUUCUUCAAGCCGCAUGAAAGUACAUGAACAAAUUCACAACAGAGAGAAAUCCUAUGUGUGUAAGCAAUGUGGGAAAGGCUUUAGUACUUCUAGAUACAUGAAAAGACAUGAACUAAUUCAUAGUGGAGAGAAACCCUAUACAUGUAAACAAUGUGGGAAAGCUUUUCAUUUACAUAGAUCCCUUCAAAUACAUGAGAUAACACACAAUGGACAGAAACCCUAUGUAUGUAAGCAGUGUGGAAAAGGCUUUCUUUCCUCCAGCUCCAUUAUCAAACAUGAACGAAAUCACAGUGAAGAGAAACCCUAUACAUGUAAUCAGUGUGGGAAAGGUUUUCCAUUUCUCAGUUCCCUUCACAUGCAUGAACUAAUUCACAGUGGAGAGAAGCCCUAU